CCCGCCAGCUCCUUGUCGCUCUUCACUUCCGUCAACCUCAACCUCAACCACCAGACUUCCUACAACAUCCGACUCUCCACCUGAUCUCCCUCUACUUUGAUUGAUUCACUUUGAUCGAUUUGCUUUGAUCUUCCUUGGUUCGCGAUAGAAUGUCGAAUCGUCGCGCACGCAACAAUGGCGCCAACCGUGGCACCGGCGGUAUCCGUGGACCUCAUUCGGCUUUGACCGACUUCCUUGCUGCGAACAAUAUCUCCGCAGCACAAAUCCGUGAUUCCUACCUCCAGCGAGUACAGCAAGCUGAGCAGCAAGGUGGUCAAGAAGGCGACGAGGCAGCCCCAGACAAUGGCGAAGGUUCAAGCAAUCAGGUGCCGACGGCUGAAGAGCAGGAAGCUGAAGAGAAUGCUGUCGCCGAGGCUGUUGAGAGAUCGCGAAAGCGAAAGAGGAAUCAGGAAGAUGCUAUCGCCAAAGUGAAGAAGGGCAAGCAGGACAAGAAGAAGGCUGCGGCCAAGAAGAAGCGCGACUCUGACGACGAGGAUUUGGACGAAGACUACGACGAUGCUCUAGGUAACAUGUACAAGAAGUCGAAGCCGCUGCCCGGCCAGCUGGAGAACUGCGAGAUCUGCAGCAAGCGCUUCACAGUUACCCCAUAUAGCAAGACUGGCCCAGAGGGUGGACUAGUAUGCACACCCUGCGGCAAGGAGCUGGCGAAGGAAUCAAAGGCCACCGAGAAGGCCAACAAACCGGCUGUCCGAAAGACCCGUCGCAAGUUGGAGAGCAACCGUCUAGAUGGUAUCGCCACCCACGGAGCCAAGUCACUGCAGCAGCUCUGCAUUGAGAAAAUCGUCCAACAUCAUCAAGACGUAGAGGAGUUUGGCGAGCUGCCAGAUUCCAUCAUCAACCGGCUCUGCGAAAUCUUCUCGAAGAAGAGAGUUCUCACUCCUCAGACGUUGAAGUUGUUCUUGCGCGCAGACUUGAAGACCGUUGCUAUCCACGAGUGCGCAUAUCUCGAAUGCGAGGACUACGAACACAUUUUUGCCUUCGUUCCACACAUCGAGAAGCUUGCUCUCCGCAACUGCUGUCAGUUCAAAGACCGAUGCGUCGAAUACAUGCUCGAGAAGGCUCCCAGGUUGAAGCACAUCCAGCUCUACGCCGCGAACCUCGUCACCAACGAUGUGUGGAUCAAGACCUUCAGUGUUUUGGGUAAGCAGCUUGAGACCCUGAAGCUCGAAUGGCUCGAUGCGGCAUUCGAUGAUGAUGCCGUUGCUGCGAUGGUCGGAUACUGCCCUAACAUGUCCCGCCUCAAAUUCAAGCGCUGCCGCCAGCUCGGUAUCGCAGCCAUCGAUGCCAUUGCCCACCUUACCAACCUCCAGCAUCUCUCACUCCAGAUCUCCCAGGAAGUCGCUGGCGAACGCAUCGUCAACCUCAUCGGCAACGUCGGCGCCAACUUGCAGACUCUCUCGCUCGAGCGCUUCCUCGACGCAGGCGACGACGUCCUUGACGCAAUCCACGACCAGUGCCGUAGCCUCUCCAAGCUGCGCUUCACAGAGAACGAUUACGCCACCGACGCGGCCUUCGCUGCCCUCUUCACCGGCUGGGCGAACCCACCCCUAUGCUUCAUCGACGUCAACAGCAACCGCGACAUCGACAACGGCAACCCUGAAGGUCCCGAGGAGGUUAUUGGUCUCGGAGAUGCGGGCUUCGUCGCAAUGAUGGAGCACUCUGGUUCCAAGCUCCACACUCUCGACAUUGCAAGCUGCCGCCACAUCAGCUUCGCGACCUUCUCGACUGUCUUCGACGGCAAGAAGAAGUAUCCAUGUCUCGAGGAGCUCAACGUCUCGUUCUGCACGACCGUCGAUACUAUCGUUGUUGCUGGCAUCUUCAAGUCAUGCCCGAAGCUAAAGAAGCUGGUCGCGUUCAGCUGCUUCGGCAUUGAGGAUAUCAUCGUGCCGGCUGGUAUCGUGCUGAUUGGUGUCCCUAAGGCUCAGGACGCGAUUGAGCAGUUUGGAGAGUGGGGUGUUGAUGUCAAUAUGGCGCUGGGAAAGAUGGUACACGUUGUAGCUUGAACGCAGCACUGCGACCAUAUCAAUCAUGACGGUUAUGGCAUAACGGAGACGGAAUCGGCUGGUCAAUUGAUGGCCCUUGAGACGUGUAUGGGAUACCUGCUGGCAUCUUGGGCUCAUUUAUCUGGGCAUCUCCUUUCAACUGCGUUAUAAUACAGCGCACACGUACGUAGCUGGGACUACACGAUAUACGGAUCACGGAUUAUGCCACAGAUGCAUCGUCAUAGAUAUCCGUACACUCGUUCACCGCUGCUUGUGGUACCUCAUAGUAUUUUCAGUG